AUGUUUGAGCGUCGCGCAGCAGAUCGCUACCGGCUUCGAAUGCACCGUGCCCGCACGGUUGCGCUCACCUCCGACGAGAUUGUCGAGGUUCGAGCCGCACAACGCACCUUCGAAGGCGCCUACGUCCGCACAGCACUCUCGCAGUUCUCCUUCGCCCUGGUCGUACUGAAGAUCUUUACUAGCGAAUUCUACAGCACAGGGGCUUUGUUUGCGAUUUACGGCACCGGAGUUCUUAUGAUCGGUCUCUUCCGACGCCAGCAGGGCAAUCGGCAGUUCUUUUCCGAGUUGGGCGAAGAUGGCAUCAACCGUCACAAAUUCAGAACCAGUGGGAAUGCGGUGGUGAUACUCACAGCCUUGAGUAUCGGGGCCUAUGCUACACUAAUCGGUCUUACUUUGAGACUGGAUUACUAG